AUGGCAAUUUCACGCUCACCUCUCAUCAACACCACAACGACAGCUCUACCUCUGCGACUUACUUCCACCCACUUUCUCCGUUCACAAACUAAUACCACCUUCAAUCAGUAUCUGCUAUUCGUCAUGGCUGCUACCACCACCAAGACUGCGACACCGAAGCCGGCUAGCACCGCGGGUGUCAAGAAGGCUGGUCCUAAAGGCGGUCGCAUCGCCAAGAAGGGCAACGCGAGAAACGCGAUGAUCAAGAUGCAAGCAUACUUCAAGGCCCACCGCGAUGAGUACAAGGAUCUCUCUUUCAAGGAGCAACAGCAAGAGCUUGGCAAGAAGUGGAAGGCUUCACCCGAGAACCCCAAGAACAACGUCUAA